GUAAUGCCAAGUAAUAUAGCACAGAGCGCAGAAUGCGUGAGACCUGGAAGGUCUGAAAAUGGCAAAGGAAUGUGUUGAUUUAACACUGAAAUAUCCAUUAAAUGAUGGAAAUUUCAUUCCUGUUUUAGGACUUGGAGUAAGUACGUAUACGAUGUCCAAGGAUGAUGUCGGGGGAACUUCUCGGUCAGUCAGUAUUGCUUUGAAACAAGGAUAUCCUAUGAUUGAUACAGCGGAGAUCUACAAGUAGGUUCAAAUUUGCAAGCAAAUUUGUUCGUUUAGGAAACAACUCGUGUUAUGUCCCUUAAUUACGUUGUUUACAUUGUAUAAUCGAAUUCGCGGUUCGCCUGAAUUCCUGCCAAGGCAAGGGGUAAUCAGAAAUCACCAACUUUAAUAAUAUUGUUGUGUCAUAUUGAAAUUAGCUAUUAAAUUAUGUGCCCAGGUAUUUCAGGUAAAUGUCCGAUAAGUUUGAUUGAAAAUCAGGUAACAAUUGUGUCUGAAAUCGGGGAAGAAUUAGCAUUUAUACUAAAAUAUUUGAGAGAAUGAAAAAUCUAAUGUGCAGAAAAAGUUUUUAUAUAUAAUGUACAGAAAAAUUUUUCAUUGACUGUCAAAAAGUUAGAUAUUUUCAGGUAAAAUUAUUAAUUAACAACCCCCCCCCCUUCCCAAAGGAAGACUGCUUGCAAUGGCCCAAGGUGGGAGCAUUAAUAGAUAUGGAAUUUCUUCAAUGGAGGAUGAGCCCUCCAUGAACCAGCCCAAGACCUGCUCCGUGGAUUUUAAGUUGUAGUGAAUUCUCCAUUAUUUCCGCUUCUGGAAAGUAUGUCAUCGUGGCUAUUGAGCCUCAUUUUCAUGAUUGAUAUGUUCAUAGUUAAUAGAGGACAUAUUAACUAUGAUAUGUUAGACUUGAAUGAAUGUCAUAUACAUGAAAACGAGGCUGUAUAGCCAAAGUGACAUACUUUCUAAAAGGGUGUGUUGUGUAAUCACAAUUUUACUGAUACCAUGGGAAAUAGGCCAACUGAUCUAGCUAGGAACUCACAUGCUGACAACCCAGCCAAGUCUUUCAGGAGUGAAAGAUGAAUAUUGAAUACUGGGUUUUCAAUAUUGGUGUAGGAUGAAUGGAGUUGCCCCCCCCCCCCCCUGCACCACGUUGACGGGUUUUUAACAAUUUUUAAAAAGAAGAAAUUUUAGAGGUAGGAAUAUUAAACAUACUUAAGGAAAAAUAUUCCUUUUUUCCGCCUGAGUUAUCUGGGAUGAAAUAAGGUAUAUUUGUCCAAUAUGUAAUUGCAUUUUGCUGAGAACUUUGUUCCAACAAAGAAAAUUGAAAAAUCACAUAUGCACAGUUUCAAUAAGUUUUGAAAUUCCAUGAUAAAGAAAUAUGUCAAGCAUUGAAAUGUAGUUUAUGUUUCAAUAAACACUUUUAUAAAUUUAGGACAAUAAAGCAACUGCAUUUUACAAGUAGGAAUGCAAGUCAGAAAAGUGUUGGGGCCAAUACUGAAUAUAUAACGACUGCAAAUAACACUAUUCUAUGCUCCUGAAAUAUUUAAACCAUGCAUGAUCUUUAAUCAAUACCUAUCAAGUUGCAUUAAUGUGCCCUAAUGCACCCUACUUGUAAACUCUGUCUAACAGCAGACAAUUUUACUUAUCAAGGGGAGAGCGCUAGUCCUGAAUGCAUGCAGGGUUAAUGGGCUUACUUCUGCCCGGUUACCCAGGUUAGCAGAGUAAAUGUAAACUAUCAUGAUAAUUUUAACGUCAACUCAUUUAGCUAGGGCCAACUUGUUUAAGUGGGACAAAGUUUUUGUAAAAAAAUUGCAGUCUAGUAAUUGUUAUAAAUAUCUAUAAUAUAAAUAAAUGUGUAUAUAAAUGUGUACACAAGUAUUGUGAUAAGUGAUGUCAGUGGUAAUUUAAAUAGCAGCCCUGAUCCUGUCACAUUCAUACUUUCUGCAUAUUCACAGUAACUCCUUGAAAAGUGUCAAUUCCUGCAUAUUUACAGUAUCUCCUUGAAAAGUUCAGAUCAAUGGUUACAAACUUAUAGCGGUUACAAUUUGAUUGUGUUGACUGAGUUUUAAAUCAGAUCAAUUAUUAACUUUGGGACAUCAGCUGUAAAUUAAGUCAUGGAAAAAUAAAUCUAAAAAUAUCUAGUGUUGCUGUAUAUAUCAGUAUCAUAAAUGUAAUAUGUAAAGGCAAUUGAUUCACAAUAUGGUGGCCCAUAAACCUGGUUUACAGGGUCGUAAAGGUAUGUGUCCAUGAACCAUGUGCACAGGAUGGUGAGGUGGUCCAAUGCUCCGUGGACCAGGUGCACAGGGCAGUAAGAUGUUCAGUAAGGUUGACUUUGUCCGGGUGGAAUGGACUUGCCAUGUGAUGGUAAGUAAGGUGGUCCAUGAACCAGGUGCACAUGAUGGUAUUGGUGGUCCAUGGACCAGAUGCAGAGGGAUGUUAAGGUAGUCCAGGGUGCUCUAAAACACAAGCAGGGAAACAUGCUCAUAGUGCAUUGACUGUAUCUGAUAUGGCAGGGGAUUGGAAGUCAAAUGCACUUGCAUGCAUGUUAUAAUAAUAAUACAUAGAAUUUCUAUAGCGCCAAAUCUACAGUACUCUAAGGCGCUUUACAUUCAUAUCGCAUUUAAACAAAAAUGUGACCUAAACCUAAUUUACUUGUAAGAAAGUUAAAAAAGUGCGUUUUUAAACGUCGUUUAGAAGUGCUAAAACUCGGUUCAAGUUUCAAGCUGUCUGGUAAGUUGUUGUGAGAAAAGAAAGAAAGAAAGGAGAAAUGGCAGAAAAAUGUGAAAUAUUUUAAGAGGAAACCAUCCCUACACAGCAGGAAAGAAUUGCUGUCUUUAAAUGAAAAAUAUCACUUAAUCCUGAAUUAAUUGACAAUCAAUGUCUCAUGUUUGGUACCUAUGUAAAGUCAGAUUUAGCAAACCAAGGAAAUUCAGACAAAAUGCUGGGGAAAAUCAACAAAAUUCGGGCAAAUAUAUCAGAACAUAUGUUAAAUUACAGCUAUUCUAUGAUUACAAACCUUUAUGAUUAUUUUAUCCUUACAAAUUCGGAUAAACUUUCUAGUGCCCCCCCCUUCCACCUAGAAAGGAUUCGCCCCGUAUGCUUAUGAUUUUUUCGCUUACUCAAAAGGCUACUCACUCAGUAGUCACCUGAAGAUGCUUAUAAGGUGAAACCAGCUAUAGGGCGCUGUUUAACACAUGAUUUUAGAGCGCCCCACACGUGGAAACUACAGUAAAAGGGAUGACGAUUUCGAGAUGAUGGUGGGGUAACUGAUUGAUAAGCAAAAAUUGGGUAUAUAAUAUGUAGUGAAGGUUGCAGUUUAUAUUAUUUUAAGGUUUGUGAUAGUUGUGCUUCAAAUGAAUUGGUUUAAAUCCUAUUUAAGCCAUUGUUAAAUGCGAACUUCUUGCCACUCUGAACUGACUGAUCCUCUCACGUGUGAAACUGGUGUUCCACAAGGCAUACAGUAUCCUUGGACCGUUUCUGUUCAUAAUAUACAUCAAUGAAUUAGCCAACGUACUGGCACACUCAAAUAUCUCUUUUUAAUAUUUUUGCACCAGUGAAUAUGACAAACCCUACAACCUGAUUGGUCAAAUUUGACGUAUUAAGAUGUUAUAUUCACCUACAGGUGAAUGAAACAAAACUGAAAUUUGCAAAAUGGUAGCUCUAGCCAUUUUGUGGAAGUUUACUGAUAAAGAAGAGAAAUUAAAAUAAAUUCAGUACACAAAACACAAAAGACUUGUGUAAAAAUACUAAAACAAUUAUUCGCCUCAAGCUCGGUGAUUAUCGGGCAGGUGAAUAUUUCCCGAUAAUCACCUCACCUUUGGCGAAUAAUUGUUAAAUAUGCCGAUGAUGCCAUAUUGUAUUACUACUCCACUCCCAUUAAAGAUUUAAAGCAAAAGCUUAAUGCUGAUCUUCUGAAAAUUGGUGAUUGGUUAAAGGCACAUAAACUGACACUAAAUAUAAAGAAAACUAAAGCUAGGGUUAUUGGAAGUGGAAGAAAAUUCAGAAACCUGAUUUCAGCCUCCGUUAAAGUACAUGAUGAAGAAAUAGAAACAGUUCAGCAGACAGCAGUACACACACCUUGGAUUCAUCUUUGCAGCAAACAUGACAUGGUCAGCGCAUAUAGACCACCUUUGUGCUAAAGUCAAUAAGCAGUCGGGUCUGCUAAAGUGAAUUAAGCAUCUCCUUCCACGCUAUGCAAGAAUUCUCUAUUACUGUUUGACCAUGGAGAUCUUGUAUGGGGAAACAAAAAUAACUGUACACUGAUGCAAAAUCUGCAAAUUAAAAUUCUUCAAACUAAAGCAGCCAAGGUAAUUUUGGAUCGACCACCUUUUUCGUCUGCUACUGAAGCUCUUAGAACUCUGGGAUGGAGGGAUCUUUCCCAGCAAAGACUGAUUAUCAUAGGUGCAUGCCUUUAUAUUUUUAAAUGCGAUAAUGCAAUGACUUUUUCUGACUUGGAUUUGACUCGAGUCUCGGAAAUACAUGAACACAAUACUCGAUCCAAAAACAGUUUGCGUUUGCCAAGAGUCAAAAGAAACUGGGACAAAUAAAGACUAGCGUGCCAUGUUUGCAAGGAUUGGAAUAGUCUUAGCGAAACCGUGAGGAACUCUGAGAGUCUUUCUCAGUUUAAAUUAUAACUUUUUAUAUACUUUUACCCUCAGAAGAUAUAGAUUUUAAUAUGCCUAUACAUUUUAAUAUCUUAUACUACGAUAAAUUAUCAUGUAUAUAAUCAAUUCGUCUACAGGGCCUUCCUGAAAAUCACGCUGGUGAGAAAGGUUUUUGUCAAUAAAGAUUAUGAUUAUUUAUUUAUUUAUUUACUUAAAUUCAUGAAGACCAUGAAGAGUCACGGUCCAUGUGAUGGUAGGGUGGUUAACUUCUGGUGGUCUGUAGGAUGGUAAUGUGGGCCAUGUGAUGGUAAUGUGAUCCAUGGCCAGGUGCACAGGGUGGUAAGGUGGUCCAUGUAUGGACCAAGCCAAUAUUCUGAUAAGUUGUUCCAUGGAUCAGGUCCACAGAGUGGUAGGGUCAGUGUUAAGUCAUACUAUCGGUGAUAAUAUGGAUGUAAGAUUUGUGGCAGCUAAGGAUAGCAGGGGCCCAUUACUCGUCUAAUCUGCUGCAUGCUCUCACUUUCAGAAACGGAAUAUACGUGAUUAUGGAGAGCCUAUUUUGAAAAUGUCAGUGCAUCUAUGAUUGUCUAUAAAAAACAUCAGUGCUGGAUGUUCCAGUGUUUUUGAGAUUGUAAUCAUUACCCAAAAGCACUGUUGAAUCGACUUACUGUCUUCUACACUAAUGCGAAAGGCAUUGCUUGAUUAAUGGAGAGAUACACACUGCAAUAUUGUCCAAUAUUUAUAAGUUAUGAUGCAGACUAAAAUAUAUUUUAGAUCGCCAUGCAUAAAAAUGCAUAAUGUUUUACACACUUAGAAAUGAGGAGGAAGUUGGUCAAGAAAUUAAAAAAUCAAACCUGAGAAGAGAACACGUGUACGUUGUGACAAAACUUUGGGAACAAAAUGGAUAUGAAUAUUGUUUGAAAGCAUUUGAUGCAAGUCUGAAGCGGUAUGUAAAGGUUGCCCUUCAGUCACGUUUGGCUAUGUGAACCGUAGCCUGAGACGCAUACUCAAUGAACGGUAUACAGAGUCUGCUAAUCCACAACGGAAAGCUUGUGUGGUGACGUAGACAAUGACGAAUAAAUGGCCUUUGAUGACUGCUGAUCAAUUAAUUAUGCAGAAAUAAUUUAAAAUUUUGAUGUGUUGCAUGAGUCACAUCAGGCAGAAAAUUUUCUUUGAUCAUUGGCAUCACAUACCGAACAAACUCUAGGACGUAUUACACCCUCUCAGAGCAAUGUUUAUCUCAGCUUUAAUAUCCAUGAGCUAGCCAUAAGACUCAAAACUGAACAGGAACAAUAAUUCAUAGUGAUUUUUAGUGAAUGUUUCGAAAUCACUAUAUAUUAUUAUAAUUAUAAACAACUUCGAAUGAUCAUUAUAGAACUACCCAAAAGAAAAAAAUGUGCUGAUUUCCUUAGUUUAUUUUACUCAUGAGUUAUUAUACAGGUAACAACAUGACGAAGUUACAUAGUGAAUUGGCGCAUUCUCUAUUGACAGGUUGGAUAUGGAUUAUGUGGAUCUUUACCUCAUGCACGCUCCUAUUGGUGAUCAUUUAUUAGAGACGUAUGAUGCAUUUUUGGAAUUGAAGGAAAAAGGUUUGGCAAAGUAUGUUAAAUUAUGUUAAAUUAUUAUCUGCGUCAUCAUUAUUAUCGAUAUUGAUUAUCAUAAUAGACGAUAUAUUUUGUGUGAAACAGCAGAGUGGUUCCCUUCGUUUUCCCAGUGAGGGUGAUAUACAGACUAACAUCCCGCAAAAGUAUCGUUAAAACUGUAAAAAACUAUGUUUCAAACAGUUUAACUAUGUUCUUCAACAGGUUCAGUUGAGUGUUAAAAUAACCUAAUGAAGAACAGUUAAACCGUUUGAAACAUAUUUUUUUAAUAACGUUUAAUCGCGAUUGUCCCAUUUGAAAUGAUUUUCAAUAAAUUUUAAAUAUUAAAGGUACAAGUUCAGGGUGUUAGCCAGAAGUAAAAAAAAAUCCGCGUUUACCUGAAAUUGGGAAAUUUCUGUUAGUGUACCAUUUUAGGGACCGGUCAUUAUUUAUGGCGGGGGGUGGCACCGAAGAGAAAAAGGUUGGGUAAACUAAAUUUUGAGUAAGUAAAAGGUUGGGUAAAUGAAAAACAAAACAACUCAAGGGUUGGGUAAUAAAAAUUUAUUGUCAUUUCCAAAGCAUGACCCACUGAAAUAUUGGAGACUGAAAAGCAAUGUCAACAGUCAUUUGUCAAUACAAUAUGUGAAUCAAUCAGAGUCACUAUCUUCACCCGAUAGUUCGACAAAACAAAUUGUGUUUCCAAAGAAAGUACAUGUGCAGACAACAUGAAACUUUAGACUGCAGAAAAUUUCACAAGCCAUUAUCAAACUCAUGUCACUGAAGUGAUAAAGGACAUGUAUGACAACUGAAUGGUAUCCUUUUGUUAAGUUUUUGGCCAGGGGUGGGUAGUUAUUUUUUAAUUGAUAUUUGAGGUUGGGUAAUCAAAUUUUUGUCUUUUUAAUGGUUGGGUCAGCAAAAUGUUUGACAUGGAAAACAUUUCUCUUCGGUGCCACCCCCUGCCAUAAAUAAUGACCGGUCCCUUAGGGGUACAAAAAUUUUUCCGGACAUAUCAAAAUUUUUCGCGACAAUUUUUGUCUUUGAAAUGGCAUUUCCCGCAUUUUGGGAGUAAUUUUGAGCAAAUGUAGUUAUGAACAUGUUUUUAAUGGCGUAUUAACAACAUAUUGACGGCAAGAUGGACGGCAAGAUACGGUACUGGUCUAUUGUCAGAUGUAAAAAAAAAUAAUUGAAUUUUUAUGCUAUUUUUUGGCUGACCCAAAUUGGGAAAUUGCGACCUCAAGGUAAUUGGGAAAACCGCGUUUAACGCGGAAUUUUUGACUGUAGCUAACACCCUGAAGUUUCAGAAACCGUAUCAUUGAUUAUCAUCAUUAACUCAGGAAUGGAUUUACUGGGGGUGUGCACUCCCUAGCCCUGGCCAGAGGGGGUGCAGGGGGUGCUAUUUUUCAGGAUAAAGCAAAAAAGUAUUAACAUGAUGAUAUUAAGUGAACUGUGAACAACAAUUACAAUUCAAAUACAGUAGUCAAGCAAGUACUGCUGUAUGUUGAUGGGCGGGCGGCGUACAUGACCGACACAACUUACCAGAUCUGGCAGAUCAGCACCAGAUCUGGCAGAGCACCCCCCCCCCCCGCACCACCACCACCACCAGAUUAUGCUGGAUCCAUCCCUGCAUUACCUCUUAUUAAUUAACUUCGUUCGCUUAGAUCCAUUGGUGUAUCAAACUUCAACAUAGCUAUGCUGGAAGGUCUACGUAAAGCUGGAAAACCAACACCUGCUGUAAAUCAAAUAGAAAUACAUCCUUACAUGAGAAGAGACGAGCUCGUGCAAUAUUGUCGUGACCAUGGCAUACAUGUAACGGCAUUUUCACCACUGACAAAAGGCAAGAAGUUAAAAGAACCUGAUAUGAUCACUAUGGCGGAAACGUAAGAUAU